CUCCAACUCGGCCGUCCUGGACGCCGUCCUCCAGAGCGAGACGACGCCGCCCGAGCCAUUGUUCGAGAUCCCAACGGCGUCUUUCCCCCUCAGCGACACAGAGACGCCCCUGACGAAAGAUGGGGGCCGCAUCUGGGCAUCCGUGCGCACGGUCGACUACGCUGGGUCCGUGGAAGCCAAGGUCACAGAGAAGGCCGCCCUCGCUUUGACCAGGUGCGCCGACGAGGCGGAAUUUCAGGCCGACGUUGAGCAGGGGUCCUUGACGCGGUCCCGGGCGCGCGUUCGGGCCACGCUCCGCGCCCCGCUGAGCGCGGAUGGCGGCCAGAAAACCACGGGCCCUCGCCUGGCCAUCGCGCGCGCGGAACCCCGCAACUUCGACGCUGUCGCCCCGCUGGCCGCCCCGCACAGCGACAGCCGCGUUGCCCCCGCCAGCGCCCGCAGCGUCUCCCCGAGCACCGCCGGGAAGCUCACCAUCGCCAUCGGAUCGGCGCGCUUCCCUGCGAGCGGCGCGCUCCUCUUGGUAGAAGCCACGAAGGGCCCAGACGCCGUUUCGCGCGAGGGCGGCUUCGCCAUCGCCAACUACAUCGUGGGCGCGGCGGAGAGCGACUCCGACCAGAAAGCCGCCUUCCGACCACUCAUUAUGGUAACCCACUUCGACGCAGCGGAGUCCGAGUUUACCGUGGGCGACAUGUGGAAAUUGCCGCACGGCAUCGCGCCCGACGCGUUCAAGGCCGAAAUUGCUACUGCCGGUGAGACUCUGACCACGCGCCUCGCGCGCGCCAAGCGCAAGUCCGACCCCAAGGCCGACGACAACUUUGACGAGUUCUUCGGACCCGCAGUCAAGCGCGCCCACUUGGCGCUCGGCGACCCCGCCGCGCCCGCGGAGCGAGGCAACCUCCAGCGCAGCUUUCGC